UCGUCCGCCUCCUCCUACCGGUUCUCAGACGUGGAUUCGGCGUCUUCGCGCUCAGACAUGUAUGAUUUGCCCAAGAAGGAGGACGCCCUACUUUACCAGAGCAAGGGCUACAACGACGAUUACUAUGAGGAGAGUUAUCUGACCACCAGGACUUAUGGGGAGCCUGAGGCCAAGGGCUUCCGCCAGCCGGCAAGGUCCCUCUCGGACCCUGACACCUUCCAUCACCAGGUGCGUGAGGACAGCAUCUUCUCGGAAGAGUUCGGCAAGGACAGGGAGCGCCUUGCCUAUGGCCGGGACAGUGCCUACCAGAGCAUUGCGCACUACCGCCCUGCCUCCAGCAUCUCCAGGGGCUCCCUGGGCCUCUCCUACUACCCUGCAUCACCCACCUCUUCUGGGUCCUCGACCUCAUCCUCUCCGUCUUCGUGGCUCACCCGCCGGGCCAUCCGGCCUGAAAAGCGGGCCUCUGCAGCUGUGGAGGUGGCCCAGGAGCGCCGGGUCCCACUCUGGGGCCAGCUGCUACUCUUCCUGGUGUUUGCUGCCUUCCUGCUCUUCGUUUACUACUCCAUGCAGGCUGAGGAAGGCAACCCCUUCUGGAUGGACCCCUGAGGGUACUGCAUGGAGCCUGGCUAGCUGCCUUAGCAGUGUUCUGGGGUGGGGGGGUGUUGUUGUGUGUUCUAGCUUGGGGUGUCAGGCUUGCUCAGGGCAGUACCUGGCUCUGCCCUCCUCGGGAGCUUUCUGGCCCUACUUUCCUCUGAGCCUUGGAACUGGGCCGAGACCUUGUCCUUCCGAGGGAAACAUGAUUAUUGUCCUGCAUGCCACCUCUUGUUCAUUGUCACCUGUUGCGAGAUCAAGCAAAGGCCACCGACACUGUUCAUGGACACACAAUGAAAGACCAUUUAUUUUUACCAUGGCGGCACAGGUCCCUGGGUCCUGUGUGGCUCCUGCCUGGUUGGGUCUGCAUUUUGCCUUGGUCUUGGGAGAGGGAGGAAAUGCUACCCAUAGAUAUGUUCCUGUUUCAUUUGUAGGUUUUAUUUCCUGACUCAUUCCCAAGAGCACUUGUGACUACUUACAGAUGUGACUACCAUAUGACAAAGUGUGUGGACAGCCAGUUUGGGGACACAGGUAAAGCUGUGUGGAUAGUACUCAUUGUAGGUAUCUUUACACAUUGGAAGGCACAGGGAUGGAAAAGAAAUGACAUGCUAGGUGCUGGGUUAUGGUCCUGUAAUACCAGCACUUCUGGAGGCUGAGGCAGGAAGUCUGCAUGUUGAAGACCAACCUG